UUAUACUGCGGGCAGCAAGAAGAGAAUCCCAGCUGCAGCCCUGAGCUAGAGCUCUGCACAGCAGCUCCCUCCUUGCCUGGCCAGCUGUGCACCCAGCUGCCACCACCCUUGACCAUAGCAGCUUGGAAGCACCCCUCCCGCAGUCAUGGAGAAAACGUCUACAGAUACACUUCCUCUUACGACGAUUCCCCCAGAAGAGCAAGAGACUGUGUGUAUUUUUGGAACUGGAGACUUUGGAAGAUCACUGGGUCUUAAAAUGAUCCAGUGUGGUUAUUCCGUUGUCUUUGGAAGUCGAAACGCCAGGAAAUCCAGCCUGCUGCCGAGUGGUGCAGAGGUCUUGGGCUAUUCCGAAGCGGCCCAGAAAUCUGACAUCAUAAUCAUAGCAAUCCACAGGGAACAUUACGAUCUUCUCACGACACUGACUGAGGUUCUCCGUGGGAAAAUAUUGGUCGAUGUCAGCAACAACCUCAAAAUCCAUCAGUACCCAGAAUCCAAUGCAGAGUACCUUGCCCAGCUGGUGCCGGGAGCCCACAUAGUGAAAGCAUUUAACACCAUCUCAGCGUGGGCUCUCCAGUCAGGAGCACUGGACGCAAGUCGGCAGGUGUUCGUCUGCGGAAAUGACAGCAAAGCCAAGCAAAGAGUGAUGGAUAUAGUGCGUGCCCUUGGGCUGACUCCGUUGGACCAAGGAUCUCUCUUGGCAGCCAGUGAAAUUGAAGACUACCCCCUGCAGCUGUUUCCCAUGUGGAAGUUCCCCUUCUACUUCUCUGCCAUCCUGUGUAUCUUCUUGUUUGUCUACUGUAUUAUCAGAGACGUAAUCUACCCUUAUGUGAAUGAAAAGAAGGAUCAGACAUUUCGCAUCGCUAUUUCCAUCCCAAACCGUGUCUUUCCCAUAGCGGCCCUGACGCUGCUCGCUGUGGUUUACCUCCCCGGCGUCAUUGCUGCCAUUCUGCAGCUCUACCGGGGAACAAAAUACCGGCGGUUCCCAAAUUGGCUUGACCACUGGAUGCUCUGCAGAAAGCAGCUUGGCUUGAUAGCACUGGGAUUUGCCUUCCUUCACGUCAUCUACACACUGUUGAUUCCUAUCCGUUACUAUGUACGAUGGAGGCUGGGAAACUUUACUGCUACCCAGGCAAUAUCCAAGAAAGAAAAUCCAUUUAUUACCACCAGAGCCUGGCUUAGCGAUUCAUACCUGUCUUUGGGAGUCCUUGGAUUUUUCUUCUUCGUCCUCUUGGGGAUCACUUCCUUGCCCUCCGUUAGCAACAUCGUCAACUGGAGAGAGUUCCGAUUUGUCCAGUCCAAACUGGGUUAUUUGACCCUGAUCUUGUGCACAGCUCACACCCUGAUAUAUGGCGGAGACCGAUUCCUCCGUCCUUCCAGUCUCAGGUGGUAUCUUCCUUCGGCUUACAUACUAGCACUCAUCAUUCCUUGCACCGUGCUUGUGAUCAAGUUUAUCCUCGUCCUGCCGUGUGUAGACAAGACCCUCACACGGAUCCGCCAGGGAUGGGAAAGGAACUCAAAAGUCUCUAAAUCAGCACUGAAUGGACAAACAGACAUUUAAAGCGACGUUCCGUUCACCCAGAGUUCCGAACUGUAUGUUUAUAGAAAAAUAAUGGACUCAGUCAAGAAAGCAUUUUUUUCUCCCGCUGUGGCCUGAAGUUUGUGAACAGGAAAGGAAAUGUUGCCUGGCUUUAAGAAAUGGAGGGAUUGGAAGAGAACAACCUUUUACCUCCGGUUAGUGAUGGAUUCGUGUAGGUCCUGCCUGUCCCAGAGGCAGUCUGGCUGAGAUCCAGAUUAGCCUUGUGGCUUCACACUCAUGGUUGUGGACACCAUGCAGAAUCUGGUUAAUGUCUUGCAAACUCCAGGGGAAGUACAUGCACUUUUCUGUUCAAGGGCUGAGAGGAGUGACAGAGAAGACAGGAAAACGGUGGUCACUGAUAAAGGCUUUAUUUGGUACGUCUGAAGAAGAGGGCCAACGAAGUAAAAGGAAUUCUUUUUUUUGUCUUUCGGACAUGAAGGUGAUUAUAAAUAUCGCCAUAGUGAAUUCUGUAGUCAAAUGUACUCUUUGGUUUUGCUCUUACCAAUAUGAUUGUGAACAGUGGGAAACUAUUUCACAACACAACAAAAAUACCACAAUUGAUUGGAAGUAUGGGUCAGAUAUACGCAAAUAUAGACAGUUGUUCAAAGAUCCCUCCUCUACAAGGAAUAGGUAUAAGAAAGAUUGAGUUAAAAUAGAAGAAUUCUGAUUAAAUAAACCAGAAUUCCAGAUAGCAAGCUAAAUAAAAAUUGUAAAGUUGCACUAGAUUAGGUUUGGUUUUGUUCAAGUAUUGUAUGCUUUGUAAACAAUAUAUUUCAAAUAUUAUUCAGUAUUAAUCAUCUAUGAAAUCAAUUUCUAAUAUAAAAAAGAGCUUCUAUAAUUUCUCAUAUUUUAAGCAGUGAAAUUAAGUGAAUAGUGAAAGUGAAAGUGACUACACAGAUGAAAGAAUUAUGGAAAGUCUUAGGGCAGAAAGGCAUGAGCAGUAGUUGUUAAAUGAGACUUGGUUCUUUCUCAGAUCCUCACUGCAAUGAAGGAUGAUUCCAUCGAGAGCAGUGAGAACGAUGGCAGGUGUUAGACUGGUGGGUCAGACCGGACCUGGGUUCAGCAACCUCAGUACCUGAGUCUGGUUAGGAAAUAAUUCGGAGCCAAGAGAAAAUGUAUUUAGAAGGUUACAGAGAUAGCAGAAGUAAUUAGUAGAAUAGAUGGGCUUAGGAAACAAGUUACAGAGGCAAGGGAAGGACCCCUGAAGCUUAGAAGUGAAGAAGGUGAAGUUGGUGGCACCUGAGGGGCAGAAGAGAAGGAGGGGAAGACAUGGGGGUGCUCUGAGGAGGGGGAGGGAGAGCCCCUCGGUCCUUGCCCAAAGGGUUGUCAGGGUGGAGAUUUUAGGGGAGGCCUCUGGCUGGAGAAGAUCUCAAAAAGACAUUCAGCAGUUUUCCAGCUGUGUCCUUUCAGGGUCUAGGUCUCCACUGGUUGAUUGGUCGCUGCUGCCAGGGCAGGGGCUCAUUACCCAAUGCAGCCGGUCCUGAGGCCAGCCAUGGGGUUGCUAGUCUGAUUUGCUGCAUUUUUGUGCCUACAGCUAAAAUACAGCUGAGGCCCAGUGUUAUCUCCAGGCAGGAAAGGCCAGGGGGUCCAAAUUGCACAAUCAGUGAUGUGCCAGGGCAGGAAAGGUCACCAUCGGGGCUUUCCCCUCAAAUGACCUCCAGGACCAUCGUCCUUGCUCUGCUCAUGUCUGUCUAAUUGCCUACAAUUCUGUUUUCUGUGCUGACACUUCCACUUCCAAGAUGACCUUCACCAGGAUUACCUUCCUGGCUCAUACAUGAACCUA